AUGGAGGGAACCAAGAACCUCAAAUUGGAGGUCACCGACUUCGCCUCCUCGACCUCCUCCCACGACACGAAUGUGCUCGCCUCUCCUGGGCGAGUCACCGACUUCACACCACUCGCACUCCGGGCCCCCACCCACAACGGGAUCGAACUCGAAGACCUGUUUGUCGGCCCUCGGGACAUGAACCACCACUCCAAAUGGCCGUUCUUCCUCCGUCUGCACGGGAGCGUGCUGCCCAAGAUGAUCCUUCCGCUGAUCUUCGUCGCAGGCUGGGCGACGUUGUUCACCUGCAUCAACAAAUUCGUAUACGAGCUGGUCUUUGACUCGGUCCUCCUCACCAUCACUGGCUUCGUGGUCAGUUUGGCACUGUCGUUCCGGUCGACCACCGCCUAUGAACGAUACAGCGAGGGACGGAGAUAUUGGGCACAGUUGGUGGUGACGUCGAGAAAUCUGGCAAGAAUCAUCUGGAUCCACGCCAAAGAGCGGCACACCCCGGAUGAAGCACAGGGGAAGGCGGAGCUGCUCGCCAAACUGACGGCCCUGAACCUCAUCAAUGCCUUCGCGGUGGCGUUGAAGCACCGCCUCCGAUUCGAGCCGUCUACCGAGUAUCCGGACCUGCAGCCUCUGAUCGGGAACCUGCACACGCUCGCCGGCGAGGCCGACCAGAGCAAACUGCAACCCAAAAAAGUCGGGUCGUGGAAGGCGGCGGGCGAGUACCUGGGGGUGUCGUUCGCCGAGUCGAACCCGCGCAAGCUGAUCAAGCGGUCACGUGAAAACCUGGGCAACCUCCCGCUGGAGAUCCUCAACUACCUGGGGGCGUACCUGGACCAGAUCUGUUCCAACGGGCAGCUGACGAUCCCCGUCCACCAGACCAACGCCAUGAACAGCAUCGUGCAGAUGGCCGACAUCCUGACCGGCACGGAACGGGUGCUGAACACGCCGGUGCCGAUCGCCUACUCGAUCUCCAUCUCGCAGAUCACCUGGGUGUACAUCCUGACGCUGCCGUUCCAGAUCUACAGCAAGCUGGGGUGGGUGACGAUCUUCGGCGUGGUGCUGGCGGCGUACAUCAUCCUGGGGCUGGCGGCGAUCGGGUACGAGAUCGAGAAUCCGUUUGGGGUGGACGUCAACGACCUGCCGCUCGACGCCUACUGCCGGGAACUGGCGGCCGACAUCGACAUCAUCACGAGCAUGCCCGCCCCGACGACGGAGGACUUCAUCGCCACGGCCCGCAACAAGGUGCUGUUUCCGUUGAGCCUGAGCGCCUACGACAUGUGGAGUCACCGGUCCGUGGCGGAGAUCCGCAGUGCAUUGAGAGCCAAGGCCACGACAGCGGCACCGUCGCUCGACUUUGAGCGUGCCCAGGCCCAGGUCGAGAGCACGAACGAGUCGAUGGAGGCGCAGCAGGCGGCGGAGGAGAACAAGCACCGGGACGUCAUGGCGGCCGAGGCGGUGUAA